CGUAGACUAUGCAAAGUCCAGGUGAUAAUUAUUUACAGCUCUGUUAUAAAAACCGGUGGGGACGGACGAAUAUUCAUUUAGUCUUCGUUGUCUACCGCAACCUUUAAACAUAUCCAAUUUCUCUAGAAAAUAUCCAAACAUGCCGGGUUGCAACUGUAUCGGAUUUUGCAAUAGUUCCUCCUGUUUUUGCCAGAACAACCACAGAUAUUGCAACUCUACGUGUAGAUGCUGCAGCGGAACCAGAACGACCUGCAAAAAUGGGGGGGUCGCGGCACCAAAAAAGGUCCCGGGUGAAAAUCGUGUGUCGAAUCGGGUGCAAAAAGAAAUCUCGUCCUCCUCGGAGGAUGAACGGGAAUACAGCCCAGAAGAGAAAGCAGAGGGGAUGAAAAUGGCAAAAAACUUUAUUGGGGGGAUUGGAGGUGGACUCUCCGGAAUGAUGGCGGGUUUAAGUACUGGAUUCGCAAUGGGCGAAUCUCCCAGUUCAGGCAAGAGUUCUUCUACUCGAAAGGAAAAAUUAGAGAAAAGCAAUUCGGCCACGAGUUGUUGCGACUGUGACACGUGUCAUCCUGCGAAAUGUGUUUGUAUCAGUUCGGGGCUACAAUGCGAGGCGUCAUGUGAUUCUGUGCAAUGUGGGAAAUUGAGAAAGAAACAGAAAGAACUGUUUCGGGAAUUUUUUAAUAUAUAGUUUUACAUUUGGAGGUCAGGCGGGCUUGCGGAAAAUUAAUAAAUUGCAUGCUUAAAUAUAUAAGAAAUAAACCGUUGCAAACGAAAUGUA